CGUAUUCGACCAUUUGCCCAGAGUUCUGACGCGCACAUUAUUUUUCCUUUGAGCUUCGUGCUUACUCUCACGCUAAGCUAGUAGGGGCAAAACUACAGGGUGUUUGGAGACGACACGGAACAACAAAAACAAGGAUGCCUGCACAUUGUGCUGCAAUCGGGUGCACACAACGCCGAACUGCCGAAUCAAGGAAACAGGGAAUAACCUUUCAUAAGUUUCCCAGAGGCGAUGAGAUGAGGCGACUGUGGGAAAAAGCUAUGAGGAGGAGGGAUUUUACUGCGAGUGAUGAAUCUGUGCUCUGCAGUCAACAUUUUAGAAGUCGUGAUUUUGACAAGACUGGGCAGAUUUGUCGGAUUAGAGCUGGUGUCAUUCCAUCAUUGUUUAACUUCCCAGAUCGUCCUCAACAAAUACCGCAUGAAGAAAAAAGGACAAGUACGAUAAGAACUACAAAAACCUCAAUCAAAGCUAAGGAGAGCCUACCAUUACCCAUCCCUCAGAAAGUCACCAAAAAGAAACCUCGGUUCAAUAUUACCCUCGAUCACAACUAUUCGUUGCCCAACUCUCCUGCUGCUCUCAAGGCCAAGUUCAAUGCGGCUGCAGCCAGAUUGUGGAGCCUGGAGAAGCAGAAGAGAAAUGCGCUGGUGCGAGAACGAAGGGCAAGGACCACUCUUAUGGCUGUACUGCACAAGUCACUGUGUGAGCCUUGUGUCUGAGCCUAUAAAAGGCCCGAUCAGUAAGAGCUACCAUCGUUGGACCCUAGAAAAAUAAUGGUGGGUUGGUGAUUCCCUCAGAUGGCACGGUUCAGGUGAUGAGAGGUGCUGCCACAGUUCUUGGGCGAAUACCAAAUGAGUUUGUGGUUACACAUUUUGUCCAAGAAGAGACACAAAGGGUAUGCUUUCACUCACGGAGCACAUCAAGGAAACAAAGUUUGUAGAGCAGUGAUUCCCAACCACUGUAGAUGAGAGGUGCCAUGAGAGACCCUCAGGUGUUCUGGAGAAAAUGAUGCAGUUUCUCUUAAUUGGUGUGGUUUAAUGUGUCUUUGUUCAUCUAUCUAUGCCAGUGACAUGUAGUGACAUGGCAGAACAAUGAAAUACUCUUCCACUCCACCCAAAA